UGCAAGUAAGACAUCACAAAGACGAGAGAUUUCAAGACGCGGAGAACAGAGAGAGAAGAAACAUAUACCUCAAAGGCGCAAAACACACACCAAAGAAGAAGAACACAAUAUGGUGUCUCAAAAGCUGGAGAUUUGCAUCGAGUUAGUGAAGUUUGCCGUCGUUUUUGUAGCCACCGUGGCUGAAUCAGUAGAAAAGGCUUUCCGUAAGCCUUUGCCGGCGCUUCCGGCAGCUCAUGAUGGUAGUCGGAAUAGUUACUCGGCCGUUCCCAUUCCUCUUGUUGGAUUCAUGUGAUGAGCUUUUUUUGUUUGUUUAUUUUAUUUUUCUUCUCUUUUUGGUUUUUGGCCUCGUUAAAGUUAGGAGUGGCGUUUUUGGAAGUUGUUGAUAUGUGUAUAAGCAUAAUCAUAGUAAUCAUGAAGAGUUGCAGAUGAAUCAAACCGUCGAACUUUACCAAAAAAUUUGAGCAUUAAUCGCUUUAACUUUCUUUAAGAUCCUUUGAAGAUACUACUAAUCUGCAACUUUGAAAAAUUGUAAAUUACAAAUAUAUUCGAUAACUUAUUAUAUUUAGUAAGCCAUCCAGUAUUUGUUUUCUAUUAUUGACAAUUUUUAAAAAUUCUUCACCUGUUGCAGAGAGAAUAGUUAGUCUUACAACCAGGUGGUGGUGGUUUCCACUAGAGAAGGAGUUGCCCUGUUGGUCAACGCCAGUAAUCGAUUCUCUUCUAGUACGAAAUUAUUAGCUCCACAUGUAGCCACGCGGAUAUGGACCCAUGCUUACGGUUCAUUUGAAUAUCCGGGAGAUGAUCCAUCCGUGUGUUGCAGCUCCCACCCGGGGGUGAGAUCUAUAGUUGCGAAAAAAGAAAGUCUUACACGGAAAGAAUUACUACCACUUUCUAGGGAGAAACAAUGCCUGAAAAUAGCUAGUGAGGUGUGUGAAUUAAGUUAGUUGGUUUCUGAAAAGAGUUAUGUCAAACUCUUAGAAGUGGAUUUGAAUUGUGGGAUUCUUGACACGACACGAAUUCAGGUCUCAGAUAAAAUAUGUAACCAUGUUCAUGUUCAUCCAAUCUAGUUUGGUGAAGUUAAGUUUCAGUUUAUAUAACGAAAAAUUGGUUUCAUUUAGUUUUCCGGAAUUUAAAGCGAAUGUAUCCUAAUUAAUUAAUAAAUUUCGAUUUAUUGUUUUUAUCCUUCUCAGGAUUCAUAAUGUAAAGUGUUCAACUUAAUUUGAUUAGUUUUUUGAAAAUA